AUGCCAGAGUUUACCAUCGAUAGUUCAUUUUUGAGUGACUCAAAAAGAAUUAUUAGUGAAAGAAUUAUUCCAUGGGAAGGACUUGCAAGAUCCGGUGUGGUAUCAGAAGAUGAUGCCAAUCAUAUUAAAAUUUUAGAAAAACAAUCUGAAGAAAAUAGAAAUGAUACAGUCAAAUCACAAUUAGAAUUAUAUUCAAAAUGUUUACUUACCAUUUUAAGUAAAGUUGAGAAAGAUGAUGUUGUUAAAAAUGUAUUAACUUUAAUUAAUGAAUUAUUAUUAAAAGUUCCAGAAUUUAUAGAAGCACUUUUAAAAUUAUCCACAAUUGAUAAAGGUUUACCAUUUGAUCCAUUUUUAAAACAUUUGAACAAAGAUGCUUUAGUAUCAUCAUUAUCAUUAUACAAUUUAACAAUUUUAUCAAAAGGUUCACCAGAUAAAGAAGUUAUAAUUACGAUGUUUAACUCCAUAUCACAAUUAAUAGAGAACAGUGAUUCAAACUAUCAAUUUAUUGGAGUUCAGUUACUACAAGAACUAGUUACUACUAAAAAGUAUAAAACAAUAUAUCAACAAAACAACUUAGUUUCCAAUUUCAAACCAAUAAAUUCAUUAAUAACAAAGCUGGCUGCUCACCCAAAUGCAACUGGAUUGCAAUUAUCAUACAAUGUUUUAUUAGCCACAUGGAUAUUAUCAUUCAAUGCUGAAAUAAAUAAAUCAAUCAUUCACAAUUUCCCACAAUUAUCGGGUAGUUUAUUAACUAUUGCAAAAGAUUCAAUAAAGUUGAAAAUUGUAAGAAUAUCAGUAGCAAUAUUGAAAAAUUUUGUUAGUGUUUGUGUUUCAUCAAAUGAACAAUUUAAUGUUGUUAAAUUAUUAUUAUUUCAUGAUGCCUUAACUACAUUGAAUACUUUAAAAGAAAGAAAAUUUGCUCAAAAUGGAAGUGAUGAAGAAUUAUGCAAUGAUCUUGCAUAUUUAUCAGAUAUUUUGAAUGAAACUGUCAAAACAAAAUUAACAUCAUUUGAUGAAUAUCUUACAAGUUUAGAUAAUCCAAAAUUAAUAAGCUGGGCUUCUCCAACACAUAAAUCAAAUGAAUUUUGGUUAGAAAAUUCAGGUAAAUUCAAAGAUUCAAAUUAUAAAUUAAUCAAAAAGAUAUUUGAAAUUUUAAGUACUCAUCAAAAUGACGCAACUGUUUGUAUAAUAUUAUUAAAUGAUUUACAAUAUUUGAUAAAAAACAUUGGACAAGAUUUAAUUCAUUUUAUCAACACCGAAAAGGGUGGACAAUAUAAAUUUUUGAUUAUGUCAUUUUUGGAGAAUAACCAUGGUAACAAUGAAUUGAAAUAUGAAGCUUUGAAAACAAUUCAAUUACUAGUUGGACAUAGUUUUUAG